AAGAGCGAGGGGGGCCCCGGCGUGGACCGGGGUGGGGGCCGGGGCUGCCAGCUUGGCCCUGGCCUGUCAAGCGGCUCAUUGUUCCUGCCCCGGGUGUCACUGGGCGCCGCCGGGGACAAUGUGGCACUGAGAGGGGCGGCCGGCGGUGGAGGGACGAGGCGCACGGAAAGGCUCAUCUCGCCCUUCCGCCAUGGCAUCGCCGGACGGAGCCAGUGGCGUGGGCGGCAGUCCCGAGGAGACAGAGCUCAGCAUCACCCUGACCCUCCGCAUGCUCAUGCACGGCAAGGAGAUUGGCAGCAUCAUCGGCAAGAAAGGAGAGACUGUUAAGAGGAUACGAGAACAGAGCACUGCACGCAUCACUAUCUCGGAAGGGUCCUGCCCCGAGCGCAUCACCACCAUCACCGGCUCCACCGACGCCGUCUUCCGCGCUGUCUCCAUGAUCGCCUUCAAGCUGGAGGAGGACCUGGGAGCAGGGGGCGAUGGGGUGUCAGCAGGCAGAGCCCCGGUGACCCUGCGCCUUGUCAUCCCCGCCAGCCAGUGCGGCUCCCUCAUCGGCAAGGCGGGAGCCAAGAUCCGGGAGAUCCGGGAGAGCACAGGGGCACAGGUGCAGGUGGCUGGUGACUUGCUGCCCAACUCCACUGAACGGGCUGUCACGGUCUCGGGGGUGCCAGACACCAUCAUCCAGUGCGUGAGGCAGAUCUGCGCUGUCAUCCUGGAGUCGCCUCCGAAGGGGGCCACCAUACCCUACCACCCCGGUCUCUCCCUGGGCACCAUCCUGCUCUCUGCCAAUCAGGGCUUCUCCAUGCAGGGCCAGUACAGCGGUGUCUCUCCUGCAGAGGUGACGAAGCUGCAGCAGCUGUCAGGGCAUGCGCUUCCCUUCGCCCCCCUCGGCCAUGCACCCACCAUGGUGCCAGGUCUGGAUGCCAGCUCCCAGAGCAGCUCCCAGGAGUUCCUGGUGCCCAAUGACCUCAUCGGCUGCAUCAUCGGCCGGCACGGCAGCAAGAUCAGCGAGAUCAGGCAGAUGUCAGGUGCCCACAUCAAGAUUGGCAACCAGACUGAGGGCUCCAGUGAGCGGCACGUGACCAUCACAGGGACCCCUGUCAGCAUCACCCUGGCUCAGUACCUCAUCACAGCCUGCUUAGAGACUGCUAAAUCUACCUCCCAGGUGCCACCAGGCCCUGGCUCCAUGGACCUCGGCAUGGGCUUCUCCCAGCCCCUCGCCCCAGGCUCUGGUGCAGCUCUUCCCACCGUCACCCCAGCGCCCCCGGCCCUGCUGGGCACCCCCUACGCCAUCUCCCUCUCCAACUUCAUCGGCCUCAAGCCCGUGUCCUUCCUGGCACUGUCCCCAUCCUCCGUGGCAGGUCCCAAUGGUGGCACCACCACCUACACGACCAAGAUCUCAGCAGCCAACGGCACCAAGAAAGCUGACCGGCAGAAGUUCUCGCCCUACUGAACCCCACUGGUGGGUGGGCCAGGGGGUCCAGGGUGCUACUCAGUAGCAGGGACACCUUCCUGCCACCCACCCUGAUCUCAGCCUCUGCCAGGCGCCCCAUGUCCCCCACCCCAGGGAAGGGAAGGGUCCUUCCUGGUGGUGAUGCCUGUUGGAGGAAGGGGCAGUUUUGUUGCCUGCUGUCCGUCCCAGCAGCACUGUGCCCCCCUCCCUGGUUUUCUGCACAGAGACCAUGUGUCCUAGUAUUGGGUGGGGGGGCUGUCCCUGCUGGCCUGGGGUCCCUUCUCCCAGUGCCCUGUGCUGGUGUGGGACCCCUACUUCCUGCUCCUCACCCUGCCUCCCCUGCCAUCCUGCUCAUGCCCACACUCCAUCUGGCACCCAAAAGCCAGGUCCCACUGGAUGAGGAGGGCCUGGCCUCUCCAGGAGUCCCACUUCCACUGGCUCUGGUGGGGGUCCCUCCCUGGGCCACCCUGGGGCAAUCGCCUCCCAGCAACCCCAUCCAAGAGCCAGUCCCUGCUGGCUUGGAAAUGCUGUAUAUAUAUGAGUCUAUAUUUUUC